AUGUUAGGGACUGUGAAGAUGGAAGGGCACGAGAGCAGCGACUGGAACAGCUACUACACGGACACGCAGGAGGCCUACUCCUCCGUCCCGGUCAGCAACAUGAACUCGGGCCUGGGCUCCAUGAACUCCAUGAACACGUACAUGACCAUGAACACCAUGACAACGAGCGGCAACAUGACCCCGGCUUCCUUCAACAUGUCCUACGCCAACCCAGGCCUGGGCGCCGGCCUGAGUCCCGGUGCCGUAGCCGGCAUGCCGGGGGGCUCGGCGGGGGCCAUGAACAGCAUGACGGCGGCGGGCGUGACGGCCAUGGGGACGGCCCUGAGCCCGGGCGGCAUGGGUGCCAUGGGCGCGCAGCCGGCGGCCUCCAUGAACGGCCUGGGCCCCUACGCUGCCGCCAUGAACCCGUGCAUGAGCCCCAUGGCGUACGCGCCGUCCAACCUGGGCCGCAGCCGCGCGGGCGGCGGCGGCGGCGACGCCAAGACGUUCAAGCGCAGCUACCCGCACGCCAAGCCGCCCUACUCGUACAUCUCGCUCAUCACCAUGGCCAUCCAGCAGGCGCCCAGCAAGAUGCUCACGCUCAGCGAGAUCUACCAGUGGAUCAUGGACCUCUUUCCCUAUUACCGGCAGAAUCAGCAGCGCUGGCAGAACUCCAUCCGCCACUCGCUGUCCUUCAACGACUGCUUCGUCAAGGUGGCGCGCUCUCCGGACAAGCCGGGCAAGGGCUCCUACUGGACGCUGCACCCGGACUCCGGCAACAUGUUCGAAAACGGCUGCUACUUGCGCCGCCAGAAGCGCUUCAAGUGCGAGAAGCAGCCCGGGGCCGGCGGCGGGGGCGGGAGCGGGGGCGGCGGCGCCAAGGGUGGCCCCGACAGUCGCAAGGACCCCUCGGGCGCCGCUAACCCCAGCGCCGACUCGCCCCUUCACCGGGUCGUGCACGGUAAGGCCGGCCAGCUAGAGGGCGCGCCGGCCCCCGGGCCCGCCGCCAGCCCCCAGACUCUGGACCACAGCGGGGCAACGGCGACAGGGGGCGCCUCGGAGUUGAAGACUCCAGCUUCCUCGUCUGCGCCCCCCAUAAGCUCUGGGCCCGGGGCGCUGGCAUCUGUGCCCCCCUCUCACCCCGCGCAUGGCCUGGCACCUCACGAGUCCCAGCUGCACCUGAAAGGGGACCCCCACUACUCCUUCAACCACCCCUUCUCCAUCAACAACCUCAUGUCCUCCUCGGAGCAGCAGCACAAGCUGGACUUCAAGGCAUACGAGCAGGCACUGCAGUACUCGCCCUACGGCGCCACGUUGCCCGCCAGCCUGCCUCUCGGCAGCGCCUCCGUGGCUACCAGGAGCCCCAUCGAGCCCUCAGCCCUGGAGCCGGCCUACUACCAAGGUGUGUAUUCCAGACCCGUCCUAAACACUUCCUAG